CAACUUUCUCACCAGUGAAAUCCGCAAGAAGAAAGUAUUUUUCUUAUUUUUUUUUGGUCAUAUUAUUUUUCGUAUUUAUCAAAUAAUUGUAAGGAACAAAGAUAACGUAAAAAAAUUCGAUCAAUAACAUAAAAUACAGAUCUUUAUAUAGUUUACUCGUAGAAAUACGUAUACGAUAAAUUAAUUUCCAUUGACAUAUGAGUAAAGUUUUUUCAGAACGAUCGAAUUCAAAUAAAGUGACAGUUAAUAAACCGGGGAAAGUCUCUGUCUUCUGACGGUUUUCAUUUUUAAUCCAGUUUUUGAGCUCAACGAAGUGACUGGUAGAGCUCAGUCAUUUCAUGGUUUUCUCUAUGAAACAACGUGCUAUAUAUAUUUUAAAUUCAUAAAUAUAUUCGUAUAAAUAUCUCGUAUCAAUUUAAACGAUUCAAUCCUCGAUUUAUUUAACAAUUUUUAACAAACACUAGGCAAAUAAAAACAACGAAAGAAAAAAUGGAAAUUACUUACACAACAGUCGAUGGGGAUGUCGGUGCACGGUUAGAUCGAAUGUUUGGUAUAAAGUCGAGCUUCUUAAGAGUUAAACCUAGUGAUUGCUUACUUCCUCCUCAUUUUGUUUUUUAUGGAACAAAAAUUCGAGACAUGGAAAUUUAUGAUGAUGAUGUAUGGAUGGUUUCAUAUCCAAGAACAGGUAGCCACUGGGCACAGGAAAUGGUUUGGUGUAUUGGAAAUGAUUGCAACUAUGAAAAAGCAAAAAUUCCAUUGUUAAUUCGCAAUCCUCUUCUCGAAGCCUCUGGCAUCAUGGUAAGUGGAAAGUAUGUAGAUUUUUUUUCUCAACUCGGAAAUUCUGUUGAGAAAGUGGAAAAUAUGGCAAGACCAAGAUACGUCAAGACUCAUUUACCUUGGGAACUUUUGCCUCGUCAAAUACCUGAAAAAACACCAAAAAUGAUUUAUGUUACCAGAAAUCCAAAAGAUACUUGCGUUAGUUUUUAUCAUUAUUGCAGACUGUUGCACAAUUUAAAUGGAACAUUUGAAGAUUUUGCUGAGCUCUUCAUUGAAGAUAAUGGACCGAUGGGACCAUUUUGGAAACAUGUACUUCCUUUUUGGACUCGUAGAAAUGAAAAGAAUAUUCUAUUCUUGACUUAUGAAGAGAUGAAAAGUGAUCAAUUAUCAGCAAUUAAAAAAACAGCUGAUUUUCUUGGUAAAAAUAUUUCUGAUGAGCAGGCAAUUGAACUGGCAAAACAUCUUGAAUUUUCAAAAAUGGCUGCAAAUCCUGCAAUUAAUUUAGAAGCUAUAAUACCACAAAAUAAAGAUCCUGAUACGAAUUUUAUUCGUAAAGGAAAAGUUGGAGAUUGGCGAAAUUACAUAAAUGAUGAUUUAUCUAAUAGAUUUGAUGAAUGGAUCGAAAAAAAUACUAAAAAUACUGAUCUUAAAUUUUCUUUUUCAUUGAAUUAAUUAUUUUUUUGUUUUAUCUGUUAUUAUUUUUGUAUUUACUACAGACA